AUGGCCCAAGCAGGUUCUUCCUGUGAUACAGAGGAUAAGAGAUUAAAUUUAAAAAGAAAAAGAAAUUCAACAGAUGAUGAGGUUGAGAACAUGCCUCCCAUGAAACUAUCAUACAAAGAAGUUGAAGAGCUCUUCGAUCAGCCUGCUCAUAAUGUAGUUGUUGAAUCAUCAUCCUGCUCCAGUGAUGAAGAUGGAAGCGCAGACCAGUCCAAUCAUGUCUACACGGACAUAGAUUAUAAUGCAGACAGUUUUCUUAGCCCACCGAGCAUAUCUGACCUACCAAACUGUGUCCUUAGCCCUCUUGAAAAUGUAGCUAGAGGAGACUCUACUCCACACUCUAAUAAAAGAGCCAGCAGUAAUAAAAUACUAUGUCCAUCACCUCCAAAACGCAAGUGUCCAUUGCCUGGGUUGUCCUGGGCAGACCCGGCUGAUGUGUGGAAGAAUAUGUGUGACUGUGAUGCCAGGUCUGCCAUGAAGAAGAAUCCUAAUAUGUUUGAUAAUCACCCCAAUCUCCAACCAAGGAUGAGAGCCAUCUUACUGGACUGGCUGAAUGAGGUAUGUGCAGUUUAUAAACUUCACCGAGAAACAUUUCACCUGACAGUGGAUUAUAUAGAUAGAUAUCUCUCAAAUACUGCAGACGUGCAAAAAGGAUGUUUGCAGUUAAUAGGUAUUACCUGUUUAUUUAUAGCAGCCAAAAUAGAAGAAGUUUACCCACCAAAGAUUACAGAGUUCGCAUACGUCACAGAUGGCUCGUGUACCACAGAUGAAAUACUUUUAGAGGAACAACUUGUACUCAAAAUUUUAUCGUGGAGUCUCACACCAAUAACUAUUAAUAGCUGGCUUAACAUUUACUUACAACUCGCCAGUGAAGGACGCAGCGCGAAAAGAAGACUGAUAGGUGAAAAAGAAGUAGGCGUGAACGCGUUACGGGGCUACACAUUCGUAUUCCCGCAGUAUUCGUCUCUGGAGUUCGUAGUCUGCGGUCAGCUGGUCGACCUGGCGGUGUUGCACGUGGACGUAAAUAAGUUCGCGAAUAGUGCGAUCGCGGCUGCGGCCAUUGCGCACGCGUUUUCACGAGACUUGGCUUUGAGGGUGUCAGGCUACAGCUGGGAAACGCUGGAGAGCUGCCACCGCUGGAUGUCGGCGUUCGCGGCGGGGGUGAGGGCGGAGGGGGCGGAGUGUGUGGUGCGGGGAGGGGACGGAGAGCACGUCCAGAGAGCGGCAGAGCUCUCGCUCAUCUGUCCCGACCUCAACAUGGACGAGAGCCAUCGCAUCCAGGCGCACAACGUCACCUUGGACAUGUUUGACAAAGUGUUUCUACAGCUGCAAGAACACACUAAUACACAGGACACGGGUUCAUCAUCGCAAGAGCACUUGUACCCUCCGACCCCGCCGCAGUCCGACCACAAGAGCCCCAAAACCCCGGCAGCCAAGACCCCCUCGACGAGGCAUAUUUCCCCCCUUGCCGGAGAUAAGACUGACUCAAGUGUGAUUUAG